UUAAGAGAGGGAGGAGUAGAAAAGUACGUCGGUGAAAAAGGAAUAUUGGAGAAAGGAGAAGAGGAGUUGAAGAGGGAGAAGAAGGUGUGGGAAGAUGAAAUAGUAGGGUGGAGUAAAAAGCUUCGGGAAGUCGAAGGAAAAGGUCUUUAUUACCAAGAACCUGAUUUGUUACUAAAAACAAGUGGAGCUUUAUGGGAAUUUCAAACACCAACUGGAUUCAAAGAAAUAUUUCAAAAUGAAUUAUUUGAUCAUUAUAAAUACUGGAGAAAUGAGCAGAUAGAUAAAACAUAUAUCCCUCUUUACUUUCUUCUUUCCGGUGCUGGAACUGGUAAAUCACACACAGCAACUGAACUACCAAGAUUGUCAAAAAAAUAUGCAGAGGAUAUAGAUGAUGCUGAUUUGAAGAAGGCACUAGAGAAACCAUUUGUCUUCAAUAUAUCAUUUGAAAAUGGCACCCCCUUGAAUCUUAAAGAAGAAAAAGCACCCACACAAGCAAUUGCCCUUCGAAUGUUGCAUCAAUUAUUAGGAAAGACAACAGCUUGGGAUAUAAUUAUGCGACGGUAUAUAGCUUCACCUUCUGAUGUGUUAAAUCUCAUAUCAAUGCAUCAUAAAAUUUCCCGUCAGGAUAUGACAAUUUUCUUGAUUAUUGAUGGAUUACAGACUGCUUUAAAAGAUGGAGAGGAUUCUCAUAACAAAACAACUAUUACUAGUCCUGUUGAAAAGUUUCUUAGUUUUUCUCAUCAAAAACGCAUUUUCUUGCCUACUGCACAUUUGACAGCUCCAUAUAAACGAGAACAUGGUGUAUUGAUGCAAGUCUUUCCUUCUCAUCCUAUUAUUGAAAUGCUGAUUAAUGACAUGGGUGGCCAUGGGCGUGCACUAGAGACCUUGCAAGAUGUACUUGUACAUUAUAAGAAUUUAGAUAUUGUCAAUUUUACUGAUCUUAUUAAUGAUAUACGAACAAAACUACAAGAUCGAUACAGUGAGUGGAUUGUUGCAGGAUCCCAAAUUUUAAUGCCUGUUUUGCGUAUAAUACUGUCUCAUCAAGUUGUGGACAGCACAAUACCUUUUCCAGGUACAGAUGGACUCAAAGUUGAUGAUGUUACUCAGUUUGGAUUAAUUUGGUUCCAAAAAACUAUAGGAUUACAAGGUUUUUUGACUUGUGCUUAUGUAUGGUUAUGGAUAAUGGCACAUACAAGUGGAGAUCCAAUACUGAAGAACUGGCGCUUUACAUAUUAUGAGGAACAGCAAGGAAAAGGUGAUGUAACAGUACCACCUGGAGCACAAUAUUGGCAGCAUCUUGAGCAUUAUGUUGCUCAAAUCCGUGUUCUUAAGUCAAUGGUUUAUGAAAAUGGAGAAGUGAUCAGCAUGAGUAAAUUACAUUUUGGUGCAUACCUUAAUGGUGAUGUGAAGAUAUGUAAUAUGCCAUUAAUAUUAGAAAGAGCUAUAAAACAAACACCUAGUGCAAUAGUUGAUUCAAAUAGAUCUUGCUUCACUGAAAUACACCAAUGCAAGUUGGUAAAAUCAGAUGUGAAUGAUAACAUGUUUAAAAAUGAACUUAUUGAUAAGGAUGUAUGGGAUAUAUAUUUUGGUCCAUUUUCUGAAAGGGCACUUAGAUAUGCAAUUAAUUUUCCACCUAUUGCUAAUAGAGCUACCUUCUCUGAAUUAACAGGAAUUAAUGGAAUUGGAAAAAUUCGAGCUAAUAUAAUUAUUCAGAAUCUUCCUUAUAAUAAUUUGGAUGAUUGCUAUCAAAAGACUAAUAUACCCAUAAAUUUAUUACAAAAUUUAAAUUUUUAG